UUUACAUUAUUUAGACAAGAAAAGGAACAUACAAUAUCUCCAAGUUCAACUAUCCCCUUUAGGUGCAUAUUGCUGAUGACUAAUUCAGAAGCCAUAUAACGCUAUAUUUAAAACUGGGACAUUAUAAUAAAUUGUUAUAAUUAGCUGAUAUGGAGAAAGUUACAUUUUUCUUUAGCUUUUACAUUUUUGAUCAAUUUCUAUGUCUCAAUGAAAAGUUGUUGUUUUUUCUGCUAAUAAACUUUAGUUAUAUUAUAGGGCAUAUUAAGAACAAAAAUGGCUAAACCCGGGUUUGGUUGUUUUCCGGAGCUCCCGAAUGGAAAAGCAUCAAGAAACUCGCCUGACUGAUGGUGGAAGCAGGUUCAAUCUGACCAGUAGGGCAGUACAUUCCGGACAUAUUUCUCCUCUCAUGUGCUACUCAGUCAAGUAUGAACACUCGGAAAACCCAAAAUGAUCCCCAGUGAGCGUGACGCGCCUGGAUGUUGGAAUAAGGAAUCUCCGCCCAUCGCUCUGGACCAUGUGGUUCCCGUCGCUCCUGUUGCUGAACUCAUAAGCAGAGAGAAAAAGACAUGAAACAGCAGCUGCUGCCAGGAUGGCUCAGGUCAGCUUCAUUAGUGCGUUUAUGUGCUCUGCAGGCUCAUUCUUGUUCCAAUAAUUCUCUUUAUGGGCAACUUGAAGCGUUCCUUCACCUGCUUUUGCAACAGUCUCAGUACAAUUUGGGGAUCCAGUGAAGGCUGCUCCUGACAGGUACGCAACAGGGGAGAAUGGGCAGACGUGAAGCGCACAGCAGAGGCGCGAUGAACCCCAGCCAUCUCUCCGAGCUCGGCUGCCUGCAGGACUCAGCGUCCAGCGGCCACCACCACAACGGCGGCGAGCAGCUCCGGGGGACGGACGGUGGCCAUCCACGCAACGCAGAUAAGCGGCAAAGAACGCCGGACUCAGUGGUCGCGGGCCGGGCAUCGGCUGCAGCGGCGGCGCCGGUGGAGGUGAAGAAGCACCAGCAUAAACACAACUUAAAACACCGUUAUGAGGUGAUGGAGACGCUAGGAAAGGGCACCUACGGCAAAGUCAAAAAAGCGGUGGAGAGGGCCAGCAUGAGAACGGUGGCAAUCAAGUCAAUCCGAAAAGAACGCAUUACUGACAAUCUGGAUCGAAUUCACAUCCAGAGGGAGAUUGAGAUCACCUCCUCACUCAGACACACCAACAUUAUACGCUUCCAUGAGGUGUUCGAGAGCCGGGAUAAGAUCGUGAUAGUGAUGGAGUACGCUAGCAGAGGGGAGCUGUAUGACUACAUACAGGAGAGGAAGCGGCUGCCAGAAACUGAAGCCAGAAGCAUCUUCAGACAGAUUGCUUCUGCUGUCCACUACUGCCACAAGAAUGGUGUCGUACAUCGAGACCUUAAGCUAGAGAACAUCCUUUUAGAUGAAGAUUUAAAUGUAAAGCUGGCUGACUUUGGCCUUUCCAAUAAUUUCCAGACGGGCACCCUGCUGCAGACCUACUGUGGAAGUCCUCUCUAUGCAGCUCCAGAGAUAGUAAUGGGGCUGCCGUACACAGGACCAGAGGUGGACUGCUGGGCACUAGGGGUGCUGUUGUAUGCAUUGGUUUACAGCAGCAUGCCUUUUGAUGGGGCCAAUCACGCUAAACUAACUAAGCAGAUCAGCCAAGGCUGCUACCGCAGACCCAACCCUCCUUCAGACGCCUGUGCCCUCAUUGAUUGGCUUCUGACAGUACGUGCAGAUGAGAGGGCCACGAUAGAGGAUGUGGCCCACCACUGGUGGGUGAACUGGGGCUAUGAAGAGAGCGUCUGUGACUGCCCCACAUCUCCAUACCAAGAAUGCUCUUCCCCCUUGCUGGCCCGCUACAUCGACUGGCAGAAUCAGGUCGGCACUGCUGCCGAUAUGACAGCUGACCCUGGAAGCCGGAACUUGGACUCCUCCUAUUGUCCUCAGCUUACAUCAAACUCUUUUUACUUCACUUUACCUUUAAAGAAUGACUGUGGAGGAGGGGCGGAGGUCCGUGAAGGAAUUUCAAGCCUCAGAAAGUCACGCAAGGAAAAUGCUAUUCCACAGACUGCCAUGGGAGCCUGCACUGAUGUUUGUUCAACAGCUGUCUCUCAUGCUGCAAUGGCCACUUCCACACUGGAAAGAAGGAAACCCAAAGGUAUAUUGAAGCACCAGAGGAGUUUAGACUCAGUCUUUUACAACUCUCCAAAGGAAAACUCUUCCUCCCAAAUGUGCAACACUCUUCCUCACCCACAUCGGACACAAAAACCUGCUCACACACAUGCAGAUGUCUUGUCUAAAACUCUUCCCCAUCCAUCUAGAUUCAGUCAGCCUUCAUCUAAGAUGCCAAAGAAAGGGAUACUAAAGAGUCAGGAGUCAGGUUAUAAUUUAACCCCUGACAGAAAUGGUUCUGGAGGAGUUAAAGAGAGAGAUGCAGGUCAAUCAGGUUCUCACAAGACUAUCCCAGCUGCAGAAGACAGUCCCACCAUGCGCACAGAAGCAGUAAGGAGACGAAAAGGUAUUCUGAAACGUAACGGUAAAUUCUCUCGAAGUUUGGAUCUUCCCGACAAUCCCAAUUCAUCGGACUCAUCGGCCCCUGCGAUAUUCCCAGAGAUGCUCCAGCAGCUCCUGCGGGCCACAGGGGACGCUGAGGGGCGACGCAGCCGCCCCUCCAGUGUGGUCAGCGAGGACAGCCUCUUCUCCUCUGAUUCCUUUGAUCUGCUGGACCUCAGCACUCAGUCACAAUGCAGAAUCUUCUCCCAGGGGAAGCAGCACAGCGGUUGCAGCUCUGAGGAGAACCUGACAGAAAGAAAGACAGGAAGGGUUGAAGGAGACAGAGAAGGACAGAAAUGCAAAAUGUGAUUACUGAAUCAUUAAAGCCUGUGAUAACAAGUAACCUGAUCUCUGGAAAGGUACAUUGCAAGCGUUGACCAUCACUGGGAAUGUGAAGUACCAUUUCUGAUCACAUUUGCCUGUUCAGCCUGACUGCAAGUUGGAGAUAAGCACAUACAGGGAGAUAAAAGGGGAUCUACCAUCCACCAAUGUGAUAAAAUUAGCUCACUGAUCUCGUCCACAAGGUAGAUCCUUACCUACUGUACACAAUGCAUGUGAAAUAGAAAUAGAAAUGUGAGGACCAACAAAAUGUUAGAUUUCAAAACGUUUUCAAAACUGAACACACACAAGUUACCUAUAGGAGCAUAGUGCAGAUAUUUGUUUACAGUGGUAAAUGUUUUAGAAUACAGUGGGAACCAUUUAUGAUGUUGUGCACAACUCAACAUAUUUACGUAACGGCAUUUGCAUCUGAUUUAAUUAGCUUUUUUUUUUCAUUUUGAGACACAAAUCCUACACUCAUCUAAAAUUUAUAGAUACACUUGUGUUGUACUUGAUAAGCCUUAUGUGAAAUGAAUUGAUUCUGCCACGCUAGGAUAUUUUUUUAAGCAGACUUAAGGGCACUUUGUUGUUUCCGUGGAAAACUUUGCCUUAUUACAGCUAAGUUUUACCAUGUUUUCAUCUAAUAUGUUUUCUUGUACUGUCCUGUUUGUGAAAUAUGUUCUGACAGGAUGGAUUAGAGCUUCAUCCAUGACAAAGGUUUUGUGUUCAGCUACUUUGAAAUGAGUUAAAGCAAAUUCUGUUUGAUUUUGCUUGAUACUAAAUAGGAGAUGAAUAAAGGAAUAAAGUACAGUGUGGCCUCCUUUAACACCUAUAUUUAUUCCUUACAGUGUCAACUAUGUGCAAUUUGCUUAUUUGUACCUACACAGAUGUAAGAGUUGCAGAUUGUUUUGUUUUGCUGUGACUGCACCUGUGCUGUGGAAAUUUAAGGUGAUCUGUGUAAAAGAUGUUUUAAAUUGAAAAUGUUAUACUUUAUGAAAAGAAGGAUAUUCCUUGUGUUUGAACUAUUUUAUACUUUUUCUGCAACGGUUAAUAAAUUAUUUCAAUCAUUA